AUGGAGGCCCCAGGACUGGUGGUGCACGGGGACGCUGCACCCUUUGCCACAGCACUCCGAAGCCUCAUCAACAACCCUCGAUACAGUGAUGUUCGAUUUGUGGUCGGUCAAGAACAGCAGGAGGUAUUUGCCCACCGAUGCCUCUUGGCCUGCAGAUGUAACUUCUUCCAGCGACUUCUGAGUGUGGAGCCAGGCCCCGGGGCGCCUGGCCCUGUGGUGCUGAGCACUGUGCCAACCGAGGCCUUCCUGGCAGUGCUGGAGUUCCUCUACACCAACAGUGUCAAGCUUCACCACCACUCUGUGCUGGAAGUGCUGACAGCAGCGGUGGAAUAUGGGCUGGAGGAACUUCGAGAGCUGUGUCUGGAGUUUGUGGUGAAGGUGCUGGACGUGGAACUGGUUUGUGAGGCCCUUCAGGUGGCUGUAACAUUUGGCCUGGGACCGCUGCAGGAACAUUGCAUGACGUUUAUAGAGGCCCAUAGCCAGGAGGUGCUUGGGACGCGCGGCUUCUUGGAGCUGUCAGCGGCUGCUCUGCUGCCCCUGCUGCGCAGCGACAAACUCUGUGUGGAUGAAGCUGAAUUAAUCACGGCUGUUUGGAGCUGGGCACGUGUGGGUGCUGCGGUGUUGGAGCAGCCAGUGGCCGCGGUGGCCGCCCCCGUGGUGCAGGAGCUGAGACUGGCUUUGCUGGCCCCAGCCGAGCUGAGUGCCCUGGAAGAGCGGAACCUGCAGGAGCCCCUCAUCCCGGUGGAGCAGAUUGUGGAGGCGUGGAAGUGUCACGCCCUGCGGAGGGGGCACGCCGUCCACAGCGCCUCGUGCCGCUGCCGGAGGGGCACCCGGCCCCGCGAGCAUCACCGCUUUCUGGAUUUGCCCUUCAAAUGA